GAAAAAUCGCUGACGCCAGCUUCGACUUUGUUUAUAACACCACACAUAGAAAGACUCACGGUUUCUGGCACGUUUUUCCACCACGAAACUGAAUUUCUACAAAUGAGCACUUCUGCAUUCCUUCCAACCUGGUUGGAAAUUAACACUCCUUCUAUCCAGUAUCCAUUCGGUGUUCACUUGUGGCCAAUUUUCAACCACGUCUUUGAGAAGUUUGCCGGGUACGAGGCCAACGACUUCACCUUUGUCUACAAUGAUACCUUCAUGGCUAACGGCUACCAAGCCAUCGGUGUCAUCGUCGUCUACUACUUUGUCAUCUUCGGUGGUAAGGCUCUCAGCAGAGCCCUCAACUUGCCAGCCUUGAAAUUGAACUUCUUGUUCCAGCUCCACAACAUCUUUUUGACCGUCGCGUCCUACGUGUUGUUAGUAUUGAUGCUUGAACAGUUGAUCCCAAUGAUCUACCGCCACGGUGUCUUCUGGUCUGUCUGUGCCCCAGGUGCGUUCCAAAAGAAGUUGGUUGUCUUGUACUACUUGAACUACUUGACCAAGUACGCUGAAUUGUUGGACACUGUUUUCUUGGUCUUGAAGAAGAAGAACUUGUUGUUUUUGCACGUCUACCACCACGGUGCUACCGCUUUGUUGUGCUACACCCAAUUGAUGGGCCACACCUCUGUCUCUUGGGUACCAAUUGUCUUGAACUUGUGGGUCCACGUUGUCAUGUACUUCUACUACUUCUUGUCCGCUAGAGGUAUCAGGGUCUGGUGGAAGGAGUGGGUCACCAGAUUCCAGAUUAUCCAGUUCAUUAUCGACUUGGUCUUUGUCUACUUCGCCACCUAUACCCACUUCUCCUACAAGUACCGUGAGUCCUUCCCAUGGUUGCCUUUCUCCCACAGAGACUGUUACGGUGCCGAAAUCGCCGCCUUUUACGGCUGCUUGAUCUUAUCCUCAUACUUGGUCUUGUUCAUUUCCUUCUACAUUGCUAGCUACAGAAAGGGUCCGUCCAAGAAGGUCAAGUCUGAAGGUGCUUCCGCCGCCGCUGCCUCUUCCGCCACCGCCACCGGUGCCGCCAAGAAGGCUAAGGCCACCAAGGCUACUUCCCGUAAGUAAGCCAUCUGUGCCUGAAAAGUUCCUGGGUUAUGCUCGUCGCCACUCCGCGCUCUCUCACUGUCGAGACCUCGCAAGAUCUCUUCUUUUUGCGUAGUUCCUGUGUAGGACUCAUCAGUUCACUUAUAUAUAACCAAUUGCCGUCAUAGAUAGCGACUGAACGUUACUUAUCGGUCACGUUUUUUCUCUAAUGUCUAUGCUUAAAAUUCAUUUCUAAUACUGAAGUCUCUACACACGGACUAAGGAUAUUAUGAAAAUCAUAAAAAAAUAAAAUAAGAUAGCUAAAAAUAGGCAUCUGCCCCUUUAUCCGCCUUGGCCAUAAUCUUAUCGCUUACUUUA